UUCACAGAAGGAUGGCCACAGCGAGAUUUGUUCCGUGUAGUUGGAACUCAAUGGGAAUUCUCCUUUGCACUGAAAACUUGCGAGGUUGCGGAUAUUGACAUGUGGGGCGUGCACUUUCUUCUUGUGUUAACAAAACAAAGAUAACAAUAUCCGUCUAACCAAGGGGUGAAAAAAACAUGUUAACUGCAGCUAUCACAUGAUGUCGCAUCUGCCAUUCGCCGUUUCCGUGGCAUAGUAGGCUACCUUUCGGGUCCUGUAAAAUCGAGUGUUUUGUAGUAUGUCUUUUCAGCAGAACUUUUUUAUAUUUUGCUGACCGGAAGUGGUAGAGAGAAUAAAUAUUGUCCACAUGCUGACUUUACGCACAACUUUUGAUCUCCAGAAAGAUGUUGUUUCGCACAUUUCAACUAAGGACGACACCGCGAGACGAAUAAAAGCUGAGGCAGACGCCCGGUUUCUUAACGUGGAGAAAGAUGGAAGUGUUCUGUAUUCAUGGAAAGGGUCUACCGGGAACACCAGGAUAGGGAAGUACGAUCCCAGCACCAAGCAAAAUAAGCUUCUGUACACUUUUGACAAGGAGGUGUUUGUGAGCAGCUGCUCUGUAAACAAGGAAGAGACGCUGCUUGCUGUCAGUCUGUCACGGUGUGCAAAGACACAGGACGGUUUACAACCAAUUUCAAAGUGUAGAACGCUGCUUAUCGAGAUUCAUCCGCAAAACAACAUCAAAGUCCUGAAAGCAGUCGACUGUAGAAUCAGAGUCCAGUUUUUAGACCCUGAAACGGAGAAGAAAAAUGUGCGUGAGAGUCACCUUCUGCUGUUUGCAGAAGAUGGGUACAUUGAACAAUUCCAUAUAUUCCUUGUCAAACAAGAAGGGUACAGAGUGGUGAUUCAGAACCCAGAACGGCUGGUCAAAGACCGGGUUACAGAAGAGUUCAGCUGGGUGCAAUGGGACAUGGAGGCACAGAGACUCUUCUACCUCGCCUCCGGGGAAAAAUCCAUGCUGAAAUGUGUGCAGUUUUACCCAGACUGCAACUUUGAAACUCUGUUUGAGCUGCCGCUGGAGUUGGCUACCAGCCUGUUCACCUCUGUGAGGUUCACUAACCUGGGAUAUGAUCAUUAUAAUGCUGAGGAGUUGGAAGAUGAGGGAAUGAAGCUUAUGGUUUUCACCAGUAGGACAGACAGGAGCAUGUGCGUUUGCUAUAGCCAUCCUGUACAAGUUAACGAGGACUUCGCUUACACAAUUGCCUUUGUGCACAGAGGCUAUAGAAAAACCUUCAGUGUGUCCCUACAAGGAGCCCCAGCGCCCAGGGCCAGAGACUUGCUCUUUCUCUCUCUGGAUUAUUACAUUGUGGUGUACCUGCCCGGGCACUUCCUGCAUUUUAUCAACAGCAGGCAGCAGGACGUGCCCUGCCACAGCCUCUUCCUCUCAGGGGCAGAUGCUAGGCUGGGGCAGCUUGGGCCUGGCAGUGUGGUUCUGACCCUCCCCGACACCAAGCUGCUGGAUGUGCGGUCAGGGAUGGUGUACAGGGCCGAGAUCAGCCACACCUCCAUGCUGGACUUCCUGUGCAGGAGCAGGCUGGACUCUCAGCGGCUGGCCUCCCUGCACUGCAUGCUGGUCUACAUGAGCCCCGAUCCGGAGGUUGAGUUGAGGAUCAUAGACUGGAUCUGUGAUGACGUCAUGGCUUUGGAGAACUUUGAUCAAAUUCAGGAAUUCAUACUGGCUUCCCUGUACAGGAUGGUGUACCAGCAGUCUCUCAGUCUGGACAGAGUCCUGCCAUAUUCAUCUGUGCUGGAGAGGAAGGACUUGCCUCUUGGUCUGAAAGAGAUCCCUGGGGUGAAAUGUACAUCCGAGCUCCUCUUUGAGCCGGUGUUUAAGGGAAAACCCAGGCACUUCAAAGGAUACUGGGAGGAACUCCAGUGGAACAUGGAGAAGAUGAAAUACUUUGAAGCGGUUCCAAACCCCAGAUACAGAACCUCUCUGAUCCAGGCCGACUGGUCCCGCUUGCUGGCCGAAAUGAAUUCUGAGGAGAAGAAGCAUGCCAACAAUUUUCGGCACAUUGAAGAGAACACCAAAAAAGUGCUGUCCAUGGUGGAUACCUGGCGUUUAGACAAGAAGGUGGUCCCCCUCUUCCAGGAGGAGGAUCAACAGCAGAGGGCGCUGAUUGGCUUAAUGGUGGACAAGCUGAGGGAGCACUUGAACAGGCAUUUACCUCGCCUGGGAAAGAAGAAGAUUGACGUACUUGUCGUCAAUUACGUGGCAAAGCUGCUGGAGCUGCUCAGACACAUGCUGGAGUCGGUGUGGCUGAAGUACCAGCUGGGCCCUCACGUGCUUUCUUUUAAGCAGAAGGGUGGCCGAGCCGAGUGGGCAGUCUUUCACGUGAUGAGCCGAAUUCUGGAAGCUAUGAAAGGCCUGUGUCUGCCCCUCCCUCCCGGAUACCACACUUUGCUGUCCGUGCUGGGGGUGCGCUGUCUUCCUCGCCACACCUUCCUGCAGUAUGUGGACCAUGGCCUGCUGCAGCUCACUGAGCCCUUUGUGUCACGCCUAAUGACAGACCUGGACAACAGUGACGACAAUGAAAAGCUGAAGUUUAGUAUUAUGAAGAGACUUCCUGAGUCCAUGGAGCAGAAGCUCUUUCAGCUGUGGGAUCACCCAAUCAGCUCGGCUUGUAUAUCCAGGAAGUACGUCCAAGGGCUACUCGAGAGACAAGCCAAGACAAAAGGCUCUGUCUUCGUGGAAAGGAGCACAUCAGGCCUCCAGCCUGAGUUCCUGCCUCUCACCUACCUCACCAAAAUUCUCUCCAAUAUAGAAAGUCAAGUGCUGAACCCGUUUGAGGAGCAGGAGAACGUGGACGCCAGGUUUGUUGAGGAUACGGCGCUGAAGCAGACCCUCAUCUUGCUGGGGCUGGAGGAGAAGUGAGGGCAGAGGGCAGAGCUAGCCUGAUGCAGAACCCCUAAAGACUAACACCAGGGUGCAGCACUAAGGCCUCUCUCACACAUGGCUCGUUUGAUCUCUUGAUCCUAAUACAAGUGUGGUGUGGUUCUGCACUAGGACAGGUAUCUUCAGCUCUGAUCCUAGGGGGAUGCAGGGUAUGGCGUGAGAUGUUACUCACCAAUUGAUCAAUUAAAGAAUUUAAUUACACAGUUUUCCUCACCUGGUUGACUGUGUCUUAACUAGUUUCUGAUUUUAAGAUGGAGAAAAAAAAAAAACGGCACACCCAGUAGCCCUCUAUCAGUUGAGGACCUCACGUGUGGGUCAUGUCUUUAUGUUAUGUAGUUUGUUCCUGAAUUUGCAGAAGGGCAGUGUCUUCCACAUAUAGACACAACAGAUAGAAAUCUCUUCCAUUAGUUUGCUAGCCCUGAGGGACUGAGGAAGAAAAGGACAUUGGUACAUGGGGCGGUAGUAGUAGUAUAAUGGGGAGGGAAAUGGUUUUGUAACCUAAAGGUUGCAGGUUCCUGGGAAGGACACUGCCAUUGUACCCUUGAGCAAAGUACUUAAACUGCAUUACACUUCAGUAUAUAUCCAGCUGUAUAAAUGGAUACAAUGUAAAAUGAUGUGAGUCACUCUGAAUAAGAGCAUCUGCAAAAAAAAAAAAAAGCCUGGUUCAAAUUGCCUGCAAUCACCACCGUGCCUCUAAUAUGUUCCAAAGGGUUUCUGGCACAGGUUUAAAAAAAGGAACUAGGUACUACUGGAAAUAUCAAAUGUGAAACUAAAACGAAAAAAAAAAAUCUGGUUCUCAUCCUGCAGCAGGUGAACCGAACGCCUGAAUUUGAGUUUGACCGUAUGUGACUUCAAUUUCAGUUGAAUUUUCCUGGAUUAGAGAGAACCUGUGUGAACAUGCCCUGAGAGAAUGCCAUUUGUACACAGCUCCCUGCAGCUCAGCGAGACUUCUGGGAAAUGGCUGACUUUAAUGCAUCUUGGACCGCUCCACAGGAGCACCAUCGGAAGGCAAUUACUGGGCCUGGCUGCGGCAUUAGUGCAGCGUAAUUUCCGAUUCGCUGUGAGCAGUCCUUGUGACAUCCACUUUGCUCAGCCUUGAAUUAAAACGGGAAGCCCACACAAGCUUACAGUAAGGCCGGAAAUCAUCAUCACUAUCUUAGGUAAUAGGCAUUUGCUGGAUAUUUCCUUUCCCAGUGACUUAUUGUGUGAUUAUCAGGAGGAAAUUAACUACAAUAAGCACAUCUGGAAAUCGGUAUAUUAGACCCAAAAUAAAUCUUGCGUACUGAUAAACUGGAAAAGGGAUUUUUUUCACAAGUGUUUGUGUUUAUGCAGUGUGGACCCCACUGUAUUGUGCAACUGUUUUGUAAAUAAAAAGACAUAUUUGAAGAUGAA